GGGGCCGCGUCACGUGCCGGGAAGCCGGCGUCUGGGGCUCCGGACGCGGGGAGGCGCGGCCAUGGCAGCUCCGGAGCCGCUGUCCCCGGCGGGCGGCGCGGGCGAGGAGGCGCCAGAGGAGGACGAGGACGAAGCGGAGGCCGAGGACCCCGAGCGGUCAAAUGCGGGAGCGGGCGGCGGACGCAGUGGCGGCGGCGGCAGUAGCGGCAGCGGAGGAGGCGGCGGCGGGGCCGGGGCGGGGGGCUGCGGCGGGCCGGGGGGCGCGUUCACCCGGCGCGCGGUCACGCUGCGGGUGCUCCUCAAAGACGCGCUGCUGGAGCCCGGCGCCGGGGUACUGUCCAUCUACUACCUGGGGAAGAAGUUCCUGGGUGACCUGCAGCCGGACGGAAGGAUCAUGUGGCAGGAGACCGGGCAGAUCUUCAACUCACCCAGCGCCUGGGCCACCCACUGCAAGAAGCUGGUGAACCCUGCCAAGAAGUCGGGCUGUGGCUGGGCCUCUGUCAAGUACAAAGGCCAGAAACUGGACAAGUACAAGGCCACCUGGCUCCGGCUGCACCAGCUGCACACGCCUGCUACUGCUGCUGAUGAGAGCCCGGCCAGUGAAGCGGAGGAGGAGGAGUUGCUGAUGGAAGAGGAGGAGGAGGACGUUCUGGCGGGGGUCUCAGCAGAGGACAAGAGUCGGAGACCACCGGGGAAGAACCCUUCAGAGCCUGCCCACCCGGAGGCCACAACCCUAGGGAAGCGGGUGGACAGCAAGAUCCGGGUCCCGGUCCGCUACUGCAUGCUGGGCAGCCGUGACUCGGCCAGGAACCCCCACACCCUGGUGGAAGUAACAUCCUUUGCAGCCAUCAACAAGUUCCAGCCGUUCAAUGUGGCUGUUUCCAGUAACGUGCUGUUCCUGCUGGAUUUCCACAGCCACCUGACGCGGAGUGAGGUCGUGGGUUACCUGGGGGGCCGCUGGGACAUCAACAGCCAGAUGCUGACGGUGCUCAGAGCCUUCCCUUGUCGGAGCCGGCUCGGGGAUGCAGAGACUGCAGCUGCCAUCGAAGAGGAGAUCUACCAGAGCCUGUUCCUGCGGGGCCUGUCCCUGGUGGGCUGGUACCACAGCCACCCGCACAGCCCGGCGCUGCCGUCUCUGCAAGACAUCGAUGCGCAGAUGGACUACCAGCUGCGGCUGCAGGGCUCCAGCAACGGCUUCCAGCCCUGCCUCGCCCUGCUCUGCUCCCCUUACUACUCUGGCAACCCAGGCCCCGAGUCCAAGAUCUCACCUUUCUGGGUGAUGCCUCCUCCCGAGCAAAGGCCCAGUGACUAUGGCAUCCCCAUGGACGUGGAGAUGGCCUACGUCCAGGACAGCUUCCUGACCAAUGACAUCCUUCACGAGAUGACGCUGCUGGUGGAGUUCUACAAGGGCGCCCCUGACCUCGUGAGGCUCCAGGAGCCCUGGAGCCAGGAGCACACCCACCUCGACAAGCUGAAGAUCUCCUUGGCCAGCAGGACGCCCAAGGACCAGAGCCUGUGCCACGUUCUGGAGCAGGUGUGCGGCAUCCUUAAGCAGGGGAGCUGAGCCUCCCAGGGCAGGGUGGGCUCCAGUUGUCUGGAGGGUCCGGAUGGGCUCAGGUAAUAAAGAAAUGGAAGCAGCAGCCAGCCA